UACGGAAAGGGGGUAGAAAAGGCAGCGGGUAAUGGGGAGCAAAGAAUUCGAUUGCGUGUAUGAAUUCGUAUGAAUAUACAUGUCCAUACGUAGGCGUCCUGCAACUUGGCCCACUAUGAACUCUCGCAUAGGUGUUCAUCAAUCAUCGACGAUAAAACCCAUCUGGGAUACGGAAAAGAGGAAAAGUGGGAGGAGGACAGGAAAAAAAGUCGAUUUACCUUUUCACUGUGAAAUGACGGCAGUGAGAAGCUCGCCCGAAAACGUGUCGGGGAGGGUGACAAGGUGCCGCGAAAAGUAUCGUGGAAGAAAAGACUUGGACAAAAGGAAAGAAGCGAAGAAGAAUAAAAAGUGAGGAAGCGAGAUAGGGGGAAGAGUGAUUCCGAGGGAGAACAAAAAUGGGGUCGCGAGUCCGAGACAAAUUUAUAUAUCUGUAUGCACAAACUCCGUGCCUCGUUUUAACGCUGGCACGGCUGAGCUGAUCUCAUGGUUUCCAAGGAGCGAGAGCUAGUGCGGUAUACAGUAGUGGAAACACACGAAUAUGCAGACCAGACUUUCAAUGUGAAUUACAACUGGUGCCGCGCGCACGGGGCAGCGGCAGCAAUCUCUUGUCCCGCUUUCAAUUGUCCCGGCAAAACUCCGACACUUUCUCAUUAUUGUCCUCCCUGUACUUUUCCGUACAAAGAGCACGAGUCUGCUUUCUCUUUUUCGGGGACUGUGCAAAACUGGUGGGCUACGAUUAAAAAAUUGUAAAUAAAGGAAACAGAAGACCGAAGAAAGUGAAAAUAAUAGGGGAAAAAUUCAAACACGGGGAUGCCGAGGAGAUGCUUUUCCGUUGGAAGACGACGACGCCUACAGCAUCACCCAACUCUAAGAACAAUAUUGUCUUUCUUCAAUUUUAUUUUCGCCCGUGAUCGCAAAGCGGUGGAACAUCGAGCUUGAUCGUUUUUUCAUGUGACCCUUCAAAGUGGUGUGCGCCAUCAACUUAUAAUAAAAAAAAAACACCCACCCACACACACACACACACACACACACACACACACACACACACACACACACACACACACAUACACACAAUAAAAAAGCGUGAAUUUCGUAUGACGGGAAGAAUAUAAUCGAGGAAAAAUAACGGACUAAAAAAAAGAAGAGGAAGAAAAAGAGGAAAAAAGUAAGGAAACAAGCAAGAGAAGAAACAAAGAGUGCGCGAAACUAGCGUUGAACUGUGAUAAAGUGCGAAAACGCGAGCUGGCGAAACAAAGGACGCGGGGCUGCCAGGAAGAAAGACGGGAAGGUGGUGAACCAGGUGGCGGAGGUAAAGUGAAUCGUGUCCGGGUGAACGUAGGUGUGAAUGAGUAACGACGAGGACGAGGACGCGCUAACUUCAGGUCGACAGGCUGGACAUAAAGCAAGUGGAAAAAUGAGGUGCCAUCCGAUCAUCGUACUCGUCACUGGCUUCCUCGUCACCGUACGCGGACAAGGGGUCCCGCGAACAUUUUCGGCUAGGCCUUUCCGAGGAGGUCCACCAGCCCAGGUGAGGGCAGUCCUCGGUGGAACAGCUGAAUUGCCCUGCGACAUUCACCCACCAAACCGAAACAACGACACAGCCAUCCUCGUCGUCUGGUACAAGAACGACGUUGUCCCGAUAUACAGUUAUGACAUACGAGGACGACAACCGGAAACAGCGUCACGGUGGACCGACAAGGAGUAUUUAAAUGAACGCGCUUUCUUCAGGACAGCCGCGGAACCAGCGUCUCUGAAUAUCGACCAUGUCGAGGAGCGGGAUGAAGGAGAAUAUCGAUGUCGAGUCGAUUUCACGAAAAAUCCGACGAGAAACUCGAGAAUAAAUCUCACCGUGAUAGUACCUCCAAGCAAACCGAACAUCGUGAACGAACUCGGCGAUACGGUUACUAAAGUCGCUGGCCCUUUCGAGGAAAACGGCAGCAUGAAACUCACCUGCCUCGUUUCCGGAGGACGACCUCAACCCAACGUCAAAUGGUGGAGGGGUGAAACUCUCAUCGAUUCGAAGGACGAACCUGGGGAGUUUCCCGAGUUAAAGAGAAACACCCUCGUUGUAAAACACCUUACAAGGGCUGAUCUACAUGCUGUUUUCACAUGCCAGGCAUCGAAUAACAACAUUAGUCAGCCUGUCUCGGCAAAGGUCGCCAUUGAAAUGCAUCUUAAACCAUUGAGCGUUUCGAUCCUGAGCAGCGAGCUUGCACCCCUCAGUGCGGGACGGCAGUACGAAAUAAACUGCAUGACCGUCGGCUCGAGACCAGCAGCCAAGCUUUCUUGGUACAUGGAAGAUACGAGGCUCACGAAUUACACUGAAACGAUAUCAGAAGAUGGUAAUAUGACGACGUCAAUGUUAACAUUUAAUCCGACGCUGAAGGAUAACAACAAAGUGAUAACUUGUAGAGCGGAAAACGACAAAGUUCACGGCGGCUUUGAAGAGGACAAUUGGAAGCUGAACGUGUACUUUAUGCCAAUCCUCACUCUCGAACUCGGCUCCAACAUGAAUCCUCACGACAUCGAGGAGGGCGACGACGUUUAUUUCGAGUGCAAAGUACACGCGAAUCCUCAAGCUUACAAGGUUCUUUGGAAGCACAAUGGAAAAAUAAUCCAGCACAAUGUCAACAACGGUGUCAUAGUUCAACCGAAUGGUCUUGCGCUGAGAGGAGUCAAUCGAUCACAGGCCGGCAAUUAUACUUGCGUCGCGUCCAACGUCGAGGGUGAUGGCUUCAGCAACAGUGUCGAGCUCAAAAUAAUGUAUAAACCGAUAUGCCUGCCGGAUCAACAGCGCAUUUACGGCGUGGCGCGUCUCGAGGAGGCUCGAAUAGUUUGCAAAGUCGAGGCAUAUCCGAUGCCGAACAAUUUUCGCUGGGCUUUUAACAACACUGAGGAACUCGUCGACGUACCGGUAGAUCGUUACAAGAAUUCGACUCGCCACACGCAGAGUGUGUUGAAGUAUAGGCCGGUUACGGAAAUGGAUUAUGGGAUGGUGUUGUGUUGGGCGAGCAAUACCCCAGGAACGCAGAAAACCGCUUGCGUAUUCCGUAUUAUUCCAGCUGGCAAACCCGAAGCACCUUACAACUGUACACUGACGAAUCAAACGACCGAGUCACUCUCGGUCGAAUGCACACCGGGCUUCGACGGAGGUCAAACUCAACACUUUGUCCUCGAGGUUUACGAUCAACACACGAACGUACUCCAAAAGAAUUUGACGUCGAGGGAAAAUGCUGCUUUCACAGUACACGGCCUCGAACCUGGUAGAAUACUCAAUAUGAAACUCUACGCUGUCAAUUCUAAAGGCAGAAGCGAGCCAACGAGACUCGAGGGUUUCACCCUCAAGAUCGCUGAAAAACAGACUGUGCGGGUUUUGUUCACAGGUACCCCGGUGCCUUUCGAGAUAACGCCGCUCCUGGGUAUCCUCAUAGGGGUCGUCGCGGCGUUACUUCUCGUCACUAUAAUCAUACUCGGUGCGUUAAAAGUUCGAAGCGAACGUCGGGCACAAAGACCCGGUGACUUGCCCGUGAAAAAAGCCACGGCCCCGAGCUCCGAAGAUCUUUACGACGCUGACGACAGAAAUCCUGAUGUCGUGCCAACUAAUAAAGAUUCAGAUUAUCAGCUGACGGGCUCAACUGCGGGAACUCCCCUCGCAACGCAAAACACCCCUGACGAGUUACCAGCUGCGUCACUUUCGAUUCAACAGACGAAUCAUCUACAAGGACUGGCUAAUUACGCUCAUAACGACUACACCAAUUACCCAACAUUGCCGUUGACUGGUGAAGUGACGUACGCGGAGCUGUGUCUGGCAAGACCAACGACACUCACGACCUCAGCAGACUCGAAACUGGCUUGUCUCGGUAGCGUGGGUGGACUGGCUGGUUUGGGUGGAUUUACGAGUGGCCUAGGAGUUCUAGUGGGUGGCAAACAGUAUACAAAAGAGGCGACCGUGUACGCGUGCAUAGAUCACAGCGCGAGGCCACCGAAGAUCGAUCAGGUUUGUCAGCCAUCGUCGAACGGGGGUGCCAAUCUGGAGACUUCUCUUUUGCAAGAUUCCAUAGGCAUUGGGGGUAAGCAACAGCAGCAGCAGCAGCAGCAGCAGCAGCAACAUCAUCAUCAUCCCCGGGAAGUCGUUACGGUUCGUACGCCACUUAUUUCGACGCAGGAGAGUUGCGUAUAGGGACGGGAAACCGACGCCCUAAACGUCAACGAGUAUUACGUGUGAUCGUGGUUGCGGCGUCGAUCUUGGAAAUUGAAAGCAAAAAAUAAUCAUUGAAAUCUUGAGAAUAUUGCGCUCCGAAAAAGAAAAAAAGAAGAUAAAAACUCAUUUUUCCGAACGAUAGCAUCCAAAAAAAGAGAAAAGACACUUAAUAAAUUACGCUCCGGAUAGCGUGCUCGUCACACUGCGCGUCAUCGAAGGCCACUUUCUCUGCUUCGUAAUGCCGAAUUGACCUGUCACUCGAUUUUUCAUUUUCAUCGAAGCACUCCAUGAGAAAUCGAUCGAAAAUUCUAAUGAAAAAUCCCUUUUCAAAAAACGUUCGAUGUUUCGUCGUGUUUAACUGUCGAUAAAAUCCGUAUCAUAUGUGUGCGUGCUUACGGUUGUAAAACAUGGUGCGUCGAAGUAAUAAGGGACGGUGAAGACGCUCGCAUCGUGGAAUCUCUUCCCCUUUCGUGUCUUUUAUAUCUUCUUGAACGAUUUGCAUGUAAAGAUGAAGCCGGGGAGGCGGAGCUGAGAAGGUAUUUUGCGUCGUCCUUCCUCGCGAAUUUCUCGUAGUCACAUUCCUUCUUCAAAAUUUUUCUCACUUCGUUCACACCGUUAUCCAAUUAAUUGAAAAUGUUGUAUCGCCAGGCGUAACGUUUGAUCGAUCGAAGGGAAGUGACGUUCGGUAAAUCGCAACGAAACAAUAACAAACCAAAACCACAUAACGCGACUAAUUCGUAACAAUAAAAACAACACAACUACUGACAAAUUCAUUUCGAUAGAUGUAAAUAAUGUUAUGAUAAUAACAAUAAUAAUAAUAUUAUUAUUAAUAAUGAUAAAAUGGAAAUAAUUCUCUCGGGGAUCCUGAAAAAAAAAAAAAAGAAAAAACAAGAAAAAAAAAUCAAUCGACGUGGUUCGAUGAAAUGAAAAAUAUUCAAUUUCAACGAUGGGACCUCGCGUUCGAACUAUCAACAACCAAUUUCCCUUUUUCCUUAUCCCGAUUCCAAAGAAAUAAAUAUAUCCCUAUAGAAUAAAAUAUUGUACAUUAUUGUAAAUACGAGAUGGUUGAAAACAAAAGAACGAAAAAGCAACAAUUAAGGGAACUUAAAAUAUUGUUAAACGCUAUGAAACGACGAGAAAUUUGAGCGUUGCGGCUGCAACUAAACCCUCAAUAUCCAACGUAUGAAACAUUGUGUACGCAGAGGAAAAAAACAAUUGAUUUUUCCAACGAACGAGAAUUCAAAACGGUAUUUCAAAUUGAUGAGAAGAACGAGCGAAAAAAAUUGGACGGUGUGCCUAAAAAUGAAUGGAAUGUUCAACCCGAGAAUGAUUUUAAAUUGUAUCAAAUGUUUCAUAUCCUUGGAAAGGAUAUUUAAAAAUUCCACGCAUUCCCGACAAUAGUCGCGCUCUUACGGUCGAGUCGCCAUAUUUUUUUUCAUUUCCCUAUGACUGUGUUUUUCCAUUACGUUUGUUCCUCGUUUUCGUAGUUUUUACAGAGAUAUUCAAAAUACGGUCUAAAACAGCAGGAGAAAAAAACCGAAAAAGUGGGGAAGAGAGAAAGAGAGAGAGAGAGAGAGAGAGAGAGAGAGAUGGAAAGGGAGGAUUUGUCGGUGUUCGAAGUGAGUCGUCGCGAUCCCUCGGCAAGCUCGGCAAACAAUGCAACAAAAAGCCAUAAAAACAUGGUGAAAUUACGCAGGAAAUACUGAACGCCAUGUGUCGACGCUUGUAUCGUUCUACAGACUCGUGUCGCCACGACGACGAAUACUCUUGAGAAAGCCUCAUCUGUAAAAUAUACCGAUGUACAGCAGUGAUAUUUUUUCAAAAAAAAAAAAAAAACGUACGUUAGUAAAAUAAGGUAAAUUAAAAAAAAACGAAAAGAAAAAAAAUACAAAAAAUAACGAGAAAAGGCUAAGAAACACUGUCGAAAGAGGAAGGCGAGAGAACGAGAGAGAGAGAGAGAGACAUUUUUGUUUACUCCGAGUUUCAGGAGAAACGAUUAAGUGUAUGUGGAGCACUCCAGACCGAUUGAUAAAGUCGAAGGUCUGAAAUUUUUAGUUUUCCUGAUGGUCUUCUUUCCUUGCAGGUUGUUUGCGUCAAAAUGGAAAGAUAAUCUUUCAUUGUUAUCUUCGAAAUUAAUAUUCGUCGAGCGAGUGUUUUUGUUUUACUUUUGUUUUUAUCUUUUUUUGUUCGUGAAAAUCUUAAAAAUUUUCUCGUAACGCCAAAUGUUUUCAUCCACACCACCGAGUAUCACACUCGGAACUUUUUCAAUUUCACAACUUUCCGCGAUGGAAUUUAAGUCGUUCUUUUUCCUGAAAUCUUUUUUAAUAGUUGUUGUUGAAAGUAAGAGCACUACGAAUUUAUUGAAUUCGAGGCUGGCAACUCCGUGAGGAAUGCUCCACAUAUAUUUCUCAUAAAUAUUAUAUAUAUAAAAUGAAUUUAGUACACUUAACGAAGGUACAGAUUAUAUACGACUAUAUCUUUAUUCUGUCUGUGAAACGGUGUAGUUUUGUCUCUGUGUGUGUGUGUGUGUGUGAGAAAGAAAGAAAGAGAUUGGCCAGGUGCAAAUGUGAGAAAAUAUUAUCAGUCGGAUAUGGAGUCAACGAGCUCGUGGACAAAUUUAAUAAAUGAAUACUAUAUCGGACUUUAAAAAAGCGAACGAGCGAAUGAGAGAGAAAGAGAGAGAGAGAGAGAUAGAGAGAGAGAAAGCAAAAAGCGGAGAAAGAACGAACACAAAAACAAUAAAAAAUGAAGAAAAAAAUACAAGUGAAUGAGCCUUUUAUGUGCAACACUCAGCCCCGAGCCACUCAGGCUCGAGUGACCAUCUGCGUCGAGACCAAAAUCCAUAGAUAUAUUUUUUUCUAUGCUGCGCCGAUCUAUUAAUUUUUUCUUCUUUUCCACUCUUUGGCCAAGCUUUUUUUACGUCCGAAUUUGUAACUUUUCUCCACACUAUGUCCGAGGACAAUAUGUAGGUCACGUCGGGCGACCCGAGGCCCUUCAAUUUCCCGAGGUAUUUGAAGCACGCGCGUUCGUUAACGAUUACCAGUUUUGGCGUACCUCUCCUCGACCCCUCCCGCUCCGACCCUUCUCUCUUGACCCCCUCGCUCUCUCUCUCUCUCUCUCUGCCGCUCUCGUGCAUAGUCGAGCUCAAAUGCACCGCGUUCUCCUACUCGGGACUCUCGCGUUUCGCGUUCAUCGAAUAUUGCGCGCGCGUUUUCCGCAACCGCUCGUCAAUCCAACGGAAUAGACGUGCCAUCCUCGGUGCGGGGAAACUGAGUGACCAUCACCGACAAUUCAACAUUUUAUACAUUCACGUCCUUCAAUUCUCUCAUUUAUGUACAUGAAGGAAUCCCAAAUGAAAGGAAACUAUUUUUCAAAAAGCACCCACCUACCAAAUCAACGAGCAAAAAGUUUUAUUCGACGUUCAACGUUUGCACACUAUUUUUAUUCAGGUCCCAACUACUAGCAAAUUUGAGGAUUUUUUUAACCGAGAGAACAAAAGCACGAUCCUGAUGGCGAAACGUUUGCCCUUUACUUUCAAGUUGGUAACGAAUUUUCAAGGCUCCUGAAAACGGAAUUACGCAGAUUGAACAUUUGACGAAAAACCUUUUUGACGAACGUUUUUUCAACGCGAUUUUCACUCUAUUUAUAAUCAUAUCUGUCGAUCUCCAAUACUCGGACCACACGUCGCAUAUACAUAAGAAUUAUGAUGUAAAUGAUCUCGACCGUUCUCUCGUUCGCCCUAUUUCGAGGUAUUAAAGCAUUGGAGAGGCACUUGGUACCAGUCGUUAGACUCCUGUACGUUUUCGGUGGAGCUUUUGUCGAAUACAUGUUAACGCGACACGUCCAUGAACAUCGUGAUGGUACACAAGAUCGUUGAGCUCCCGAAACGAACAAUUUGAGCUCUUCAAACACCGGCCAAUAACGCGCUUUUCGUUUUACGAACGUGUACUGGAGUAAUUAACGAUCCAAGGGAUGCCGUGAAUCCGGACCUUCCCUUCCUCAAAUUGUACAUCGUCGACGCAUGUUUUAAUAGUCCGACACAGCGGCCUCGAUAACCCGCGGAUUUAAUGCAACCGAAGUAUGUCGGACCCCUGUCUCGCUUGCUCCGAUGCUCUGAGCCUCCACCGUGCACCCACUUGGGUCGGCUGUUCGAAACGAAAUUCCACUUUUUUCCAACACUCAAACUCCAUCAUUUUUCUCUUCCCUGUUUCGUCCAUCCCCGCGCAACACGAAAAAGCCUCUCUUUUGAGAACCAUCGGAAUCACCUUAUAAAAAACCACCUAUCAACUGUCUAAAAACACAAAACAUUCGCAGCAGGAGCAGGGAAUACUUAUCGAAAAGCAAAUUGUGAAUCACUCCAAAACAUUCCAUCUUAAGGUAUAAUUUCAUUUCCAAUCCGACGACUCCGACUGAGCAUCUCCACUCGCGUGAAUUCAUUCCGAAUGUUCCAAGAGACUUUCUAAUUUCGUCGUUUUAUAAAAAAUUCAAUUUUUCCCAUUGUUAUUCAAUGGUGAGGAAAGAAGCACUGAAAAAGACGCAAUGCCUUUGGAAUUAGCGUCGCGAGCCUUCUCCGAUCACGUCAUCUGCUUUUUUUCUCUUACUCUCUCUCUCUCUCUCUCUCUCUCUCUCUCUUCCCCUCUUUCUCUCGUAUUCCUGCCAUUAUUUGUCACGCACAAGAAGGACCUGGCUGAGUCCAUCUACAAUUUAAAGAAUCUAAUGUAUCUUCGUCACUGCCACCCCUUAUUUUACGAAUCUUUGAGACUGAUAUCCUCCUGCUUAACCUGAUUUAAUCAUCGAAUAUUCCCAAUGAGUUAAAUCCGUGUAUAUCCAAAGUUUGUCCACCUCGAAGAAGCGGACUGUUGAUUUUUCGUGAAAAUCAAUGAACGGCCUCUCUAAGACCUGCGCUUUAUAUCGAUAUUUAUAAUCGUGUACUUCUAAACUAUUGAAUAAAUUAUACAAAUGAAGAAAAAAACAAUGAAUAUCAACGCGACGGGACGAACCGCGAGCGAGGAAGGGUUCCAUUGUAAUUUUGUUUCGUUCACGAGCUUGUUAUCAUUUAUUCUUCAAUCGCUCCUAACUGAGCCAAGGAUCCACUGAAUAACGCUCAUUUUGUGUCUCCGCGAGGCUCCUAUCAGCCCAGCCGGUUUGUUUAAGUCGAACAAUUUCAUUUCCAACGUGACGCACACAACAAAAACACACUCGAGCCUAGGUACACAGAGUGGCUAACGCGAUAAAGAAUAAGGAGAAAAUAAUGAGAAGACGAGUUAAAAUACGAUAAAUUGUAUCGCCGAUCGAUGUUGUAACGAUGUCAAAAUUAUUGCGAUACAUUCGAUCGAAGCAGUGAACAUAUGACUUUUGCCUAUUGACAAGAGAGAGAGAGAGAGAGAGAGAGAGAGAGAGAGUGAAACGAGAUUGAGAUUAAAAGCGCGCGUGAAUUUAUUAAAUUUAUCAAUAACGAAGAGAAUUUAAGAAAAAUAAAAAAAUAAAUAAAGAAAAAUAUACAAACGAAUAUAAAAAG